UCGGGAACACGAAGGUGACGUCAUUUUCGGGAUGUCGUUUUGAGUCUCGCGAAAUAGCCUCUACCGUGGCGGCAUAUAAAGGAUUCCAAUAUGGCGGUCGAGCCAUCGCGAUCGAACUUGACGUUUUGGAAUCGAGAUAGAUCUAAACUCAUACGAAACGUUCAAGGACUUAUGAACUGUUAAUACAACCUCUUUGGGUUUUUCUUGAGGCAUUUCAGCGAUGAUGAGCCUAAUUUUUUCAUCUCGCGUUUUGUUGGCUGUCUUCGCAUUUUGUACCACUUCAUGUUUCGUGAAGUCAUCGCACUCGAAUAAAUCUUGUAAAUACGACUUUGACUGCAACAGAUCGGGAUACGACAACUGCUGUAUUGGUGGCAGCACUCGUUAUUGUAGUACUUGGCAAAACUGUGAUGGCUACUGUGAGUAUCCAAGGGACUGCGGUUUUAGUGAGUUUUGUGUUGAAGGAUAUUGCUCGAAGGCUGCUGGACCUGGAACACUUUCCUGUUUCACCGACCAAGACUGUUACAACGCCAACACAUUGCAUGAAAAGUACGGCGAGUGUUUUAACUACAAAUGUGUCCCAUCCAAGUGUAAGUUAUGCCCAAUGUYUUGUAAAAAUGGAGAAUGUGAAGUACCAGAAAACUCCAGAGAAGACUCUCACAGUUUCAGCCCAGCUUCGAUAAUUGGCUUUACAGCAGUAGUGCUGAUUGGAAGUUGUAUUGCUUGUACGCUUUACUGUGGGUGUGCAAGAAGACGUCGACAGCCUUCCAUGAGCAUCCCUGCAGCUCAUGAAGUAGAAAAUGAACGACAGCAACCUGGAACUCCUCCUCCAAGUCCACCCUUACAUCAUGAUGCACCGCCCCCCUAUCAUUCUCUAGAGAUGAUUGACAGUAUACAGGUAGAACCACCACCACCAAGCUAUGCUGAAGCUGUUAGGAACUCACAUAAUGAUAUAGAGAAUGUAUGAGGACACUGGUCCUCUCUGAUUGAUAUUAGAACUAAUUACAAACAGGCCAAGUGCAUCUUAUAUCUUAUGCAUUUGUGAAUUAUCUUGAUGUGUACAAAUAUUAUCAGUAAGCUUCUAGUGCUAGGUACUGUGAUGUAAGCUAUUUUUAUUACUUUUUUUAUGCCAACCACAGGAAGCCCAUACAAGCUUUGAGAACUGAAUGUAAUAGACCUUUCACGAAUUCGCUUGACUGACCACGAAACAAUGGUUUGAAGUCAAGACUGAACUUGAUUCUUUUAUUCAUCAAGUUCAAACUCGACUUGAAACCAUUGUUUCAUGACCAGUCAAGCGAAUUCGGGAUAGGUAUAUUUAACAAACAAAAUAACAAUAAAAUAAAUAAAAGCUAACAUUGUCAUUCUUGUUCUUUAGUAGUGAUUUUGAGCCAUUUUAGCGAUUUAAAACAAAAAUUCUAUAAAAUGGCUCGAAAUCACUACUAAAGAACUGGGAUGAUGUAAACAACACUUCAUGUGAGUAAAAAUUAGCUUUUUUUUUUCUUUUUUUUGUUAAAUUACAUUCAGUUCUCAAAGCUUGUAUGGACUUCCUGUGCUCCAACCAGAGGUUUAUUCGUUGAUGGAAUAAAGCAACUUGGUAAGAACUAAGAUAGCACUAAAAAAGUGCAACCUAUACAUGUAGUAUUAAAAUAAUCUAUUGUUUAUUUAGUGCUUAGAGUGCCUAUCACCCUUCUGACAAUAUUCACAGUAUUGAUUCUAUAUGGGGUAACAUGUUGAAUAAUCUGGAAAAAAAAGUCCGAGCACAGCUUCUCGAAUGUUAUAAAGGUUUUACCAUGCCAUAUGCUAAUGCUGUGAUGUAUGAGGAUUAAGACUUCUUCAUGCAGAUUAUUUCCGUAUAAUUUAGCUGGCAGUACGGUAUGCCGCUUAUAGAAUAUUAGCAUACUUAUUAGAACGUUUUCCCACAACCGAGUUUGCUAAUAUGCUAAUGAGCUGCAUACCGUACUACUAGCUAGUCUAAAGUAACAGCCAUUUUGAAAAGUGGUUUAAAGAUUUGCAGAAACAAAGCAAAAAGCAAACAAAAAAAAGAUGAAUGAUUAAUCCAAUAAACCAAUAAUGGUU